CGUGGCCGGGUGGAGAAGGCGCCCGGGGGGGGUGCGUGGGGCUCCCCGGCAGGCGGGAGGGACCGAGGGAGCCGCGCUGGACAAUGAGCUGGGCAGCUCGACGCUGCGGCCACUUUUAGGGGGGGCGCGGGCCAUUCGGCUCCUCGGCGGCUCAGCCGCCCCACCUGCGAGGAGAGGGCGGGAUGCCAGAGCCAGGUGUCCCGGCGCUCUGAGGCCCCUCGCGGUCAGACGUCCCUGAACUGAUUCUCGCAUUGACGCUAGGCUACCCGGGUGGGACGUUUUUUGUGGGGGAGCCUUCGGAGCAGCCGUGAUGGCCAGCACCAGGAGUAUUGAGCUGGAGCACUUUGAGGAACGGGACAAAAGGCCGCGACCCGGGUCGCGGCGAGGGGCGCCCAGCUCCUCGGGAGGCAGCAGCAGCUCGGGCCCCAAGGGGAACGGGCUCAUCCCUAGCCCGGCGCACAGUGCCCACUGCAGCUUCUACCGCACGCGGACCCUGCAGGCUCUGAGCUCAGAGAAGAAGGCCAAGAAGGCGCGCUUCUACCGGAAUGGGGACCGCUACUUCAAGGGCCUGGUGUUUGCCAUCUCCAGCGACCGCUUCCGGUCCUUCGAUGCGCUGCUCAUGGAGCUCACCCGCUCCUUGUCGGACAACGUGAACCUGCCUCAGGGUGUCCGCACCAUCUACACCAUCGACGGCAGUCGGAAGGUCACCAGCCUGGAUGAGCUGCUGGAAGGUGAGAGUUACGUGUGUGCAUCAAAUGAACCAUUUCGUAAAGUUGAUUACACCAAAAAUAUUAAUCCGAACUGGUCUGUGAACAUCAAGGGUGGUACAGCCCGAGCCUUGGCCGCUCCCUCCUCCGUGAAAAGUGAAGUGAAGGAAAGCAAAGAUUUCAUCAAACCCAAAUUAGUGACUGUGAUUCGAAGUGGAGUGAAGCCUAGAAAAGCCGUGCGGAUCCUUCUAAAUAAGAAGACUGCUCAUUCCUUUGAACAGGUGUUGACAGAUAUCACCGAAGCCAUUAAACUAGAUUCAGGAGUGGUCAAGAGGCUCUGCACGCUGGAUGGAAAGCAGGUUACUUGUCUGCAAGACUUUUUUGGUGAUGAUGAUGUUUUUAUUGCUUGUGGACCUGAAAAAUUCCGUUAUGCCCAAGAUGACUUUGUCCUGGAUCACAGUGAAUGCCGUGUCUUGAAGUCAUCUUAUUCUCGCUCCUCAGCUGUUAAGUAUUCUGGAUCUAAAAGCCCUGGGCCCUCCCGUCGCAGCAAAUCACCAGCUUCAGUAAAGCGGGGUGGCCACCAUGCCAGUGCCUACUCUGCAGCCAGAUCCCCAGUUAAUGGAACUCCCAGCAGCCAGCUGUCUACUCCUAAAUCAACGAAAUCCUCUAGUUCUUCUCCAACUAGCCCAGGAAGUUUCAGAGGAUUAAAGCAGAUUUCUGCGCACGGAAGAUCUUCUUCCAAUGUAAAUGGUGGACCGGAACUUGCUCGUUGCUUGAGUCCUGAAGGUGUGAAUGGAAACAGGUGCUCUGAAUCAUCAACUCUUCUUGAGAAAUACAAAAUUGGGAAGGUUAUUGGUGAUGGAAAUUUUGCAGUAGUCAAAGAGUGCAUGGACAGGUCCACUGGAAAGGAAUUUGCCCUGAAGAUUAUAGACAAAGCCAAAUGUUGUGGAAAGGAGCACCUGAUUGAGAAUGAAGUGUCCAUCCUGCGCAGGGUGAAACAUCCAAAUAUCAUCAUGCUGGUUGAGGAGAUGGAAACAGCUACUGAGCUCUUUCUGGUGAUGGAAUUGGUCAAAGGGGGAGAUCUCUUUGAUGCAAUUACCUCUUCGACCAAGUACACUGAGAGAGAUGGCAGUGCGAUGGUGUACAACCUGGCCAACGCCCUCAGGUAUCUUCAUGGUCUCAGCAUUGUGCACAGAGACAUCAAGCCAGAGAACCUCUUGGUGUGUGAAUAUCCUGACGGAACCAAGUCCUUGAAACUGGGAGACUUUGGGCUGGCCACUGUGGUGGAAGGCCCUUUAUAUACAGUGUGUGGCACACCAACUUAUGUGGCUCCAGAAAUAAUUGCUGAAACUGGCUAUGGCCUGAAGGUGGACAUUUGGGCAGCAGGCGUGAUCACAUACAUACUUCUCUGUGGAUUCCCACCAUUCCGAAGUGAGAACAAUCUCCAGGAAGAUCUCUUCGACCAGAUCUUGGCAGGGAAGCUGGAGUUUCCAGCCCCCUACUGGGAUAACAUCACGGACUCAGCAAAGGAAUUAAUCAGUCAGAUGCUUCAGGUGAACGUCGAAGCUCGGUGUACUGCGGGAGAAAUCCUGAGCCACCCCUGGGUGUCAGAUGAUGCCUCCCAGGAGAAUAAUAUGCAAGCUGAAGUAACAGGUAAACUCAAACAGCACUUUAAUAACGCGCUCCCCAAACAGAACAGCACCACCACCGGGGUCUCGGUUAUCAUGAACACAGCUCUAGAUAAGGAGGGGCAGAUUUUCUGCAGCAAGCACUGUCAGGACAGCAGCCGACCUGGGAUGGAGCUGACCUCUCCAGUCCCUCCCUCAGCUUCAGCCGAGGAGCCCCCUGUGUCCGCGCCGGCAGCAGCCCCGGCCCCUCUGGAAUCUCCCACACCCCCUGGUACCCCUGCUGCCUCGGGCUGUGAGCGGGCAGGGACCUGGCGCCGCCACCGUGACUGAGCCCCGGGCAGACGGGCUGGAGCCCCCGCGCCGCUGGAAAGCCCCUCUUCUGCUUGGGCCUGCCGCGCAGUCCCCUCACUGAAGAGCCUUUCUCCGCUGCCUGCUGUCGGGAAGGUUGCUGGCACCCCCGAGGGCCACCAGGAGCUCUGGGCCAGGGCUUUGCUUCUUUUCAUACUCCGGGCUCUCCCCUCUGGUUCCUGGAGGGCCCUGUGCAGUGGUAGCCUUGGUGACACAUAUUCAAAGUGGCUCGUUUUAAAUUACUUGUUUUCGGUUCAGUGGACAUUUUACAGUGUCACCAGGAGAACGUGCAACUUUUAUCUGGGAUUUAAUGCAUUUUUAUAGAAACACUUUGGACAAAUCAAGAUCUCUCCCUUAUUUAAGUAAACUCGGAGUGUUCCUUUUUUUCUCACGAAGAACUUAGAACUGCAUUUGUCCCUUUGUGGGUGUCCUGUGAGACGUGACGCAGCACCUUCCUCAGCGGAUGGGGUUUGGAGGGCUGGCUUUCUGAUGGAGAAGUGAGCACCCAAGAGGCCAGUCUGGUCAUCAGACACUAAUUCCAGACUUCGAGAAGUGCUUUUGGGUGCCUGGGGAAGCAGCCCACCAUAGAGCUUGGGGUGCCGGGCUUACCUAAGACGACACUGGAUACUGAUUUGUACACAGACCCCAGGGGAAUGUCACUCUGUUCCCUAGACAUUGUGUGUUCUCUCCCCAACUCUUCCCACAUAUGUGUCAGGAAAUGCUAACGAAGUUGUCCUUUGGGCUUUUUCGUGAGAGGCUUGGCGCAUGCAGCAUCACCCGGGCCAAGGUGGCUCCUCCUCAGCAAACCGGCUUCUAGCAGAGCAGGAAAAACCAGGCAUCUGAGCAGCCACCAGACUCUCUUUCAUCAUCUGCUUGUCGUCCGGAGCUGGCCGGAAACAACUGGGGAAACAUGGGCCGAAGCACAGUCAGGACUGGGGCAGGAAGGUGCUCCGCAAACAUCCUCUGUUAUUAACCUUCUGGAAGGCUGCUGGCAGUUUUUCCUUUUUUCCCCACUACCCUGCCCUUUUUAAUAAUUGUACAUAAUUGGUAGAUUUGGUUUACCCGCUCAUCUUCUAAAUUGGUGGGCCCUGUAGUUCAUUCUCAUUGUUAGACUUUUGCCUCUUACAAGUGUACCCAACCUGCAAUAAACCCUUCUUGAGAACAAAGUGAUGGGGGUGGGCAAAGGAUUGUGUGGUGCUGUUUUGCAGGGCAUGUGUGAUCAAAGCACACUUCCGUGCCCCAGGUUCCCGCAGGUGUAUCGGUGUCUCUUUAUGAAGUUUCGGGUGAGGAGGGGGAAGAGAGAAUGAUGCUUGGGAAGAGCACGUGAAAGUGCAUCUUGGUCAAAGUGUAUUUGGUAACAGGUGCAGAAACCCACAGCAAGAGCUCAGGAUAAUUAGGGAAGAGUAAUGUACAGCAGAGGAAUCCUGUGGAACCAACGGCAGGAAGGUCAGGCUUUACAGGAAAUAGGGAGUCAGGGCAGCUUUUCCCGUGUCUUAUCCCUGUCUCUGACUCAGACGCUGUGCUGUCUCCUGUCUGCUGCUUUGGGUGCAUUUGGGCUCUUGGUUUCUGUUCUCUUCUAACGCCUGCUCGCCUGCAGCCCUGGUGUAGCCUGGUCCCACUUCUGUCCCCGGCUUCUCAAGGCUGCUUCUCGAGGCUGAACUUGAGACCAUCUCCUUCAGCUCCAGAUCUCUUCCUUCACACUGCUGAGGGAAUGAGACCCGUCUGCCUGUCCCCAGCCACGCGAUGAUUUCUUCCUAGGCUGGCGCUGGCUCACGAUUUGAUCCGGAGGCCGGUUACAAAACGCAGAUGGGCUUCCCGGGCCCACGGCUGCGGCAGGUACAGGCCUCAGGAGGAGGGCAGUUUCCAAAAAGCCAUGAUGUACAGGCCUAGACCCUUCUGCACGUCUCUGUCCUCACUGAGGAGUUAAAGAGCAAGCCUUUCACGGCUUCCAGUGGAAAUAUUUUUGUUACUGGUGCAGGAAGAGCUCGUGUCAAGGAAAGAGGAGAACACCGGAAGUAGGGAUGGAGCAGGCCUCUGGGAGGGAUCAGAGUCUGAAACCUGAGCUCCUCCCUGGGACUGAGGUCCAAAGGCAUUUGCUAACAACUUAAGAAUGGAAUUGCCGGGCAGUGCUGUGUCGGCUGAUAAGACCAAGGAGCAUCUUCUGUCCAGCACGUGCUCCCGCCCUCUGUGCCCCCCUCACGUGGCCUGGGACAUGGUGGGGGAGGAUGGGCUGGAGACAGGAAGUGGCAUAAGCAGGUGUGGCAGCACAGCCUAGCAGUCCUUCUGGGGUUCUCUUAAUCCCACAGACACCUUGAGUGAUGUGUGUUGGUACAGGAGCAAAUCAGACAGUUUGGUGGCAUUACCCAAGUCAUGGGAUUGGCAGGAGACAGUCACCAUGCAGUUUUAGGUGGUUCAUCUCCAGAGCGGUGCUCUUUGGAAGGUACCCUGUCAGGGGUGGGGGGAGGGAAUGCAAAUCAAGGCCCGGAUGUGAGUGGUCAUCUCAGUAAUGAUCCUUAAUAAAGGCUCUGACUCCACAGGCAAGUUGUUCAUUUGGCCAUGUGUUUAGAAAACAUUCUUCUGUUCUCAGAAUCCAGAUUAAAUACAGGUAUGUAACUGCUGGUUCCUCCGCUCCUGCACGGUGAGAGUGUCAGGUCCUUGUUGGAUGUUCAUUCUCUUAGUCCAGCAGGGGAUCUAACCUUUGAAGAAACUGACCUUUGAAGGGAUAGAAAAAGGGGAGUGGCGGCCUGCUGAAACCGUCCUGGGGUGCCUGCCGGGCUCAGCGCCUGGGCCACGGGUCAGGGUGGGUGUCUCUUUUUUCAGAAAGCUUGCUCUGGUAUGGAAAUACAUGGAAUAUAUGGAUUGAAACCAUUUGGCAAAACUCCCCCCGAAUAUUUUCAUGGAUAUGACUGUGAAAUGUGAAUUUGAAAACAGGACUGUUCAGCACAGACCACAUGGAAAGAGAAAGGGUGCCGACCAGCGGUGUUGUGGGGAAAGACUUCUAGAGCAGCAUGCCGCCCCCUGGAAACACGGUGUCAUCCGCUGAAGUUGGCAUUGUCUGGUGGCACAUUAAAAAGGAAUGGGUGAAAUUAAUUUUGUAGUAUAUCUGAUUUAACCCAAUGUCUCUACAGUAUUGAACAUGCAACCAAUGUAAGCAAAACCUUGGAGAUACAUAUAUUUUUUUAAUCCUUGAAAUCUGGUGUGUACAUCUUGGUUGGCGAUUGGCACGUGGUGAGUGCCCGGGAGCCCACGCAGUUACGCCGGCCACACCGGCCACUGCAGCUCUAAAGACAAGACACCUCUCGGUCUUUGUUCCUCUUCUUUUUUUGUUUUGUUUGUGCAUACGAUGUGGAUGACGAUGCAGAAAGAAUGCUUACCUAGGCUUUAAACAGGACUGCUGAUUUAACAUGACUCAGCAGGUUAGAACACCGAUCCGGACCCACGACGUGAAAUCAGGGUGAGGCGCUGAGGUUCUACCCGCGGCCUCGACCUGCGCCCGCGCGUGGGGAAGACCGGGGCGACCAGUGCAGCGGUCAGCGUCCAGGGGGCGCCACACAGCUGCCUACCCAUCGGCGUGGUCUGAAACUGCGCCGUGACCGGUACGAGCGGGCCUGGCCUGGAAGCCGAGCCCUCCUGCGGCUGCAGGUCUGUUCGGAGGGCGUCGAGGUGUGUGGUGCGCACGAGGCAGUAGUGCUCACCCGAGGGACUGCAGCCAGAGGGUGCGGGCUUCGAAGCCUGGGCAGCCAGGGACUAGUGGGAAGCACCGUAAGGCACGAGGGGAAACGAGACGCACGUCCGCUAGAUGUCUCUAGCUGUAUGAAAACGUGUUCCAUAGCCGCGGGUGUAGACUCAUUGUACUUACUGUGGAUGGUGGUCCGAGGUUAGUAGGUAGGCGGCACGAAGGGUCAGAUGUGACUCUAAUCAACGGGCAGCACAGUGACAGAAUUAGCUGCUUUCUGAAGGAGUGACAGUCUAGUCCUUGGAAAUGCUUAGCUGCUAAAGAAUAAGCCCCACCGAAGUUUACUUACAGAGUACUUCCUCCUGUGUCAUUGAGCCAUUCCACGUCCGAGAGAGAGGGAGAGAGAAGAGAGAGAGGGAGGGAGGGAGGGGUGAAUGUCCGCACUCCGUGAGAAAACUCGGAAGGAUCAGGAGCUCAUCCUGACGUGCUGGAACCGGGACUUGCUGCUCCCGGUUCCCAGGGAGGCUGGCCUUACGGCUGGGCUGUCGUCUAGGCGGUCAGACAUGCUUUAGAUGGGACGUCUGUGUCCCAGGCAGAGGUGGGAUGGGAUGGCGGAGACACCUGGCAAAGUGGUGGAAAGUGGGGAUUGAGGAGGCCUGAGAGGUCACAGGGGCGGCGGGGAGUUCUGUUAGACGAGGGGAGUAGUUUCUCCAGAAGGAAGUCGGUGCGUGCAUCUUAGCUUAGUCUUGGCCAGUGGAUUUGAAGGGGCCACCCUAUGAUAAAGCCUACAGCCUUGAACUCAGUCAGCUGGGGGAAGGUGCCCUCACUGGACAGCUGAGGGGAAGGAAAGGGUGCAGCUGGUACACAGCCGGCCCUUUGCUUCUGCCCCGCCCUUUCCCAGACAAAACCCUGUCAUUUGGGGCAGUGUGGUCAAGAUGGUUUCAACCCGGUGGGCUGAGUGUGGUGAGUUGUGAGGGUUGGGCACCUGUCUGUGCAGAGGAUGAAGUCGGGUCUGGGGAAUGUCUUUCAAGUUGUCCAAGUUCAGAGCUGCAAAGCAGCCAGUUGCUUCCUGCCAGGUAUGAGGAAAUAACAGCCUGCCUAGCUCCCCCGCCACUCAACUUUGGUUUUGGCAAGGAAAAAUAUUCCUCAACUUGAGACAUGAAAGUAAUUCACUACAUGUUUCUGGCAUAGGACUGCUGAGGUCUCAGAAUUCAUAGGAACGUUUGUGCAUUGCCUUCAUCCUUUGCUGGAGAGCCUGGCUGUCUCCAGAAGACAGCUUGACUAAAGGCCAAACCAUGUUCAGUUUCAUUAGAACAAUGUGAUGUCCCUUGGUUUGAGCAAUCUGCAUUUUUGGUUCAUAGCAGGGAGGGCUGGGAGUGGUGUCAGUGUGUCAUCAGUAGUAAGCUUGGGUUUUUAUUUUAUUUUAUUAUUUUUUUUUAAAGAUUUUAUUUAUUUAUUUGACAGAGAUAGAGACAGCCAGCGAGAGAGAGGGAACACAAGCAGGGGGAGUGGGAGAGGAAGAAGCAGGCUCAUAGCAGAAGAGCCUGAUGUGGGGCUCGAUCCCAGAACGCUGGGAUCACGCCCUGAGCCGAAGGCAGACGCUUAACCGCUGUGCCACCCAGGCGCCCCAGGCUUGGGUUUUUAAAUAGUGAUCUUAUGACAUUGGGAGACCCAAAAUGUGCAUCACGGACUCAACUCUUCAAAUCUAUGUAUAGAUUUGAUUCAGAUGAAAAUAUAAAAGGUGUUUUCCCCACAUAUCUGAGAGGAAAUAGACAAAAGAAAAUUUAACGAAUAUUUUUUGUACUUUGUUAUUGAUUUGCUAUUUUACAGUGUUUUCCUUCCGUUUUACAGUGUAGGAAGUUUUUAAACUUCCCAGCUUGCUUCUGCUACAAAAAAGGGGAGUAGUGGGGCUGGUUGCUCUCCUAGUUGAAGUAGAAAACUCUCUUUCCCCAGCAGUGGGGCAGAAAGAGCCAAGGACAGGCACUGGCAUAGUUGCUGAUAGGCACGGUGUGUGCAGGUUUUGAGAUUCACGGCACGUCCUCGUUUCUUGUUUGUGAACAUGCUUUGGCCUAAUAUGAGGUCAUAUGAUGAGAUGAAGCUGGGGGGCUGGCUGCUACCCCAUGACCUGUAAUGCACCUCAGGAACCAGCCGAGCUUCCCCAGCAAGCUCAGUGGUAGGAUCCUUCAUCCCAUGUGGUGGAUGCAGAAGGAAUCUGUGUCGUUGGUGUGCUAUGUUCUUUCCCAGUGAUGGAGGGUGGGCAGGACAGUGCAGUAGGAAGGACCAGACCAGGCCCAUGAUUUGUAUGGCCAGGAGCUCUUGAAAUCCAGUAAAAACCUCUCUCUCCCCUAAAAUUCCUGUGUUGGUAGCUAUGUCCCCUGUUAUUUUAAUUCAAUUCUCUUUGCCAAAGAAAAGGGUGUCAAGUGGAAGUGCUGUCUGGCUGUAUGGGGGAUUCCUGGCCAUCUCCGGCAGACGUGACCCUCACCGGCCUGCUACCCCACUGGCCAUCUGACAGCAAGGGUGUGUGUGGCUGUGUGUGGGUGUGGGUGUAGGUGUGUGUGUGUCAGGCCACUGGCCCUUGGGCUCUGCUCCGCUGUUGGAGCUAAAUGGCAAAGGGCAGCCCCAGGUUCCAAGCUCCCUCACGUCCUACACGCAGCUUCUGGUGUUCCCGUGCGGGUCACUGUGAAUCUUCUUGUCCUGUAGGCUGAUCAGUAGAAGUAAAUGUUUCAGCGGGCAAAAUCAUUCCUUUUGAUUGAAUUAAUGUAUUAGAAUAUUUAUUUAUGGCUGUUUGGUGUACUCUGGGGAGUGAGAUUUCGUUUGAGAGGGAAUCAUCCAUCAGUGUGUGUCAGGGUGCUUGUCAAAUUUUCAUGCCCUGUAUUUGCUCAGCCCGCCUGCUUUCUCCCAGAGAUCCAGUGUGCUGUUUCUUAAGUUACAGAUCCUCAAGGACUUGAUUAGUGGCGUUUCAGUAAGAAUCAAUACUAUCAGGGAGGAAAAUCUGAAUUUCUUGAGGCAGCGCAUUUUAAAACCAGCCGUAAAUUACUGUAUGUAAAGGGAACACAGCACACUUUCAACUGCAGCCAUUUAGUGAGUGUGCUGCCAGCCACGCUUCCGUCUGCAUAGGUCAUCCAGUUUCAUCCCAGAACACCUCAACUUUGACUUUUUUCCCCUCAUUGGUUUAAAUUUAUUUGAAGUAAUUUUUUUUCAAGUAGCUAACAUUGGUUAAAAUAAGUGAAUGUUGAAUAAAUCCUAACAAAUAUGGUAAACAGAUUCUGUCUUAGCCCUUGUGUUGACACCAGCUAUAUUUGUUUUAUGAGUAAAGGAAUAUGUAAGUAAUACAUACGUAAGUAAUGUGUAUUAUGUUUUUGUUAAUUUGCCAUAGUUGUGAGUUUUAAAACCAAUAAAGGCAGUGGAGGCACCAAUUUUCUUCUUAGGCUCCAAGAGGAAGCUGCUGUAUUCACUUUGCUUUAAGCUUGUAGAAAUGGGGUAGCUGAAGUAUCAGAUGCUUGGCAGAGGAUGGAGGUAUUCCAGAUUUUCUUCUACCAUUUUCCCUAAAGUUUCCAAAGUACAAUACUGGAGGGUAACAACGAGGAUGUUUAAUUUACCAGUAACUUGGGUUUUUCUUUGAUCUAAAAUGUAUAUUCUCACAUCUACUUUUUCUUUCUUUAUGGUUUAUAAAACAGUGGUGGAUCUUAGCUAUAGGUCUAGUGUUCUCAUCAGUGUAAGUCUUGAUAAGAGGGAGGUGUCUGGCCACGGUCCAUGUUCCUAUUUUCAAGAGAGUCUCUUAUUGGUUCUUGUUCAAAAUCUGGGACUAAACCAGAGUUUCUUUGCAAAGAAU